UAAUCCCAGACCCAAGCAAACGAUCCCUAACAUGACAGAGUCGGUUAUUGUUAGGAACAGGAGUGUCAGUUUAUAAGCUCCCUCCCACAGUACGGAAACAUCAAUCCAAAUGUUUGGAAUUUCGUCAUAACAAGACUCAACAGUUGUACUCCCGGGAAAUUAAGCAAUGGGUAGGAGGAAAUCUAAGCCAAAUCGUUCAGUAGGAAUUUUGGAAGGAGAAGUUCCUAAGGGGAAAUUAAACAGCAAAACUGAUGCUGGAACUGCGGAAAAGGAUGAGUCUUUUGUAGUUGAUGUGCCAUUUUUUGUUGAAAUUGAUCGGUCUAAUUGGUUAUCGGAUGAACAUAUGGAUAUUUCUGAAAUUGUUUUAUCAGACUUGAAUGUUAGUGACGAGUUUUGUCGUUAUAUAUUGGAUGAGGAGUUCUACCGGGAUUCAAGGUAUUUAUUGAGGUUUAGGGUGAGUAAUGUUAAUGAGUAUCUUACUAGGAUAAAGUUAGGUCACUGGCCUGUAUUAUCUGCUAGUAGUAUGUGUCUGGAAAUUGUAGCUAAACAGGAGAAGGAGGGUUUGGAGGAAACUGUUGUGUUGGUGGUGGGGAAUUUUGAUGGACCUGAUGAGGGUAUAUCGGGGCUAGUCCAUUUGGCUAGUUUGAAGUUCUUGACAUUGAGGCCUGUUAUUACGGGGCAUAUUGUUCCAAGUUGUUUCUCAUCAAUACGGGUGAGGGUGGAGAUUUUAAAAAGCGCAUUUGAUGCGUGUGAGUCACUUCUUGAUACAUCCAGACAGCUAUGGAAAAAGAGCAUGAUGCAUGUGAUGGCUUGGCUACGUCCAGAGGUUGUGACUUCAGAGGCUAGAUAUGGAUACGUGGUGGCAGCACAUGCAGAUAUUGGUCUAGCUUCAGGGCCGGAUGAAAGUUCUUCUGCUGCAAGGAAACUUUCUAGGUUUGAUGUAGCUAGUUUCUAUGAAGCUAUUAAGCCAUCAAAGGAGGAGCCGAUGCUUGAUGAUGACCUCCCUGAUUUGCUUCCUAAGCUUAGACCUUACCAGCGUCGUGCGGCUUAUUGGAUGGUGCAGAGGGAGAAAAGAAAUUCCGAUGGAUCUUUGCAAAGCAAAAUAAAUCACUGUAUUUCUCCUCUAUGUAUGCCACUGAGUUUAAUUGACACCACUAUAACAAUAUAUUACAAUCCAUUUUGGUGGAUGAUCAGCUUCUCGCAUUUUCUGUUCUUUAGAAUGGGAUGUGACUUGCUAUGUACAUCCCUAAUUCCAGGGCAAGCAUCCAUUGUUCCCUUUCUUUUCUUGAAAAGUUCAAAUGAAUGUGGAAAUGUAUCCUUGCGUCCAGAGAGCACCCCGGCAGUUGUUCCUGGUGGUAUUUUAGCUGAUGAGAUGGGGCUGGGAAAAACUGUUGAGCUGCUUGCUUGUAUCUUUGCACAUCAGGUGGCAUCAUCUUCCAUUGGCAAUUUUACUGGUGAAUUUCUGCGUGAUGAGGGUCAGAAGAAUAGUCUGAAAAGACUGAAAAGAGAGCGUGUAGAGUGUAUAUGUGGUUCUGUGAGUGAAAGCAUCAGAUAUAAAGGAUUGUGGGUUCAGUGUGAUGUUUGUGAUGCAUGGCAACACGCAGAUUGUGUGGGCUAUUCGCCUAACAAGAAAUAUACAAAAUCUAAGGCAAUCUUAAAUGAGCAGGAGUCAACUGGGAAUAUGCACAAGCGUGCUAAACGAAAAAACGAUGUUAAAAUAGUUGAAACGGAAGGCCGCUAUAUCUGCCAGCCGUGCUCAGAACUGAUCCAAGCCUGUGUAGCGCCAGUUGCCUCAGGUGCAACUCUUAUAGUGUGUCCAGCUCCUAUAUUGCCCCAGUGGCAUGCUGAAAUUGUUCGUCAUACAAAUCCUGGUACUGUGAAAACAUGCAUUUAUGAAGGAGUGAGGAACAACUCUUUAUCACAAACACCCUUGCCAGAUAUAAAUGAACUUCUCAGUGCCAACAUUGUUUUGACAACUUAUGAUGUACUGAAAGAGGACUUAUCACAUGACUCUGACAGGCAUGAAGGUGAUCGUCGAGCUCUAAGAUUUGAGAAAAGAUAUCCUGUCGUACCUACCCUACUAACAAGAAUAUUAUGGUGGAGAAUAUGUCUGGAUGAAGCUCAAAUGGUGGAGAAUAAUGCUGCUGCUGCAACUGAAAUGGCACUAAGACUAUAUGGAGUUCAUCGAUGGUGCAUUACAGGGACUCCCAUACAAAGGAAGCUUGAUGAUUUGUUUGGUCUUUUGAGAUUCCUAAAGGCAAGUCCUUUUAAUACUUUUAGGUGGUGGACCGAUGUUAUACGUGAUCCUUAUGAGAGGGGAGAUUCCAGAGCGAUGGCUUUCACGCAUGAUUUCUUUAAGCACCUAAUGUGGAGGUCAUCAAAGGUGUAUGUUGCUGAUGAACUGCAACUUCCACCUCAAGAAGAAUGUGUCUCUUGGCUUUCUCUUUCACCAAUUGAAGAGCAUUUUUAUCAAAGGCAGCAUGAGACGUGUGUGAAUGAUGCUCGUGAGCUUAUUGGAAGUUUCAAAAAUGAUAUAUACAAGAGAAAAGCACCUGGUUCCCAAUUGGAAGAUGCUGCAUCUGAUGUUGUUAUCACCAACAUAGAGGCUGCAAAGCUCUUUCACUCACUUCUAAAACUACGCCAAGCCUGUUGCCAUCCCCAAGUUGGGAGCUCUGGGUUGCGAUCACUACAACAGUCUCCCAUGACUAUGGAGGAGAUCCUGUCGGUUCUGGUGAGUAAGACUAAGGUAGAAGGAGAGGAAGCCCUCCGGAGAUUGGUUGUUGCUUUGAAUGCACUGGCAGGUAUUGCUAUAAUUAAUCAAAAUUAUUCCCAAGCCGUAUCAUUAUACCAAGAAGCACUGGAUGUAGCAGAAGACCAUUCCGAAGACUUCCGAUUGGAUCCUUUGUUAAACAUCCAUAUUACACAUAACCUUUCUGAGGUACUGCCACUCAGUUCUGACAGUUCGCAAAAGCUUGAAUGUGCACCUGGAAGCGCAAGAGAUAAAGUACCCAACAUGGAAGAUGCUGGAGAAAGCGAUAAAGGUGCUGUACUCAGGGAAGACAAAGUUAAGGAAGAAAGCAUGUUAUCGUCUAACUCUGACGAUCCAUCCAACUUAAUGCCAAAAACAUUGGCAAAAGAUUUUGUUGAUGAAAAUUCUGACACUGCGUUAAAAUUUUCCAAAUGUGCAAGUUAUCGAUCAUUGACAACAGCAUGUGAAAAGUUGAAGGAAAAAUUCCUAUCUGUUUUUAAUUUGAAGCUGGCAGGGGCCCAACAAGAAUUCAAAAAGUCAUAUGAUCAGGUAUGUAAUGCAUUUAGUGAUAGAAAGAACCAGUAUACUGCUUGGUGGCUGGAAGCUUUGCAUCAUAUCGAGCAAAACAAGGACUCCUCAAAUGAAUUGAUCAGGAAAAUAGGAGAAGCUGUUUCUGGGACUCUGAACACCUCUAGGGCAUCAAAGCUUGCUCCCUGUUUCCGCAGCAUAACUGCUUUGAAGAUUUAUAUUCAGAGUAGUCUAGAUUCACUGGAAAGUUCGAGGGAAUCUUUACUUGUUAAGCUUUUGGAAAUUGACCAGACAAUGGGCAAUCCUAGGAAGGAGGAUAUUGCCCGUGUUAGAUACUGUCCAAAAUGCUAUGCUGAUGCUGAAGGGGUAUUAUGUGUUCACUGUGAACUAAAUGACUUGUUCCAGGUUUAUGAAGCCAGACUUUUUCGUCUUAACAAAGGGAAGAGUGGAGAGAUGAUUACAUCUGCUGAGGAGGCUGUAGAUCUGCAGAAAAAGAAGUCUGCACUGAAUCGUUUCUAUACAACUUUAGCCCGAACAGACAUGAAUUCAGGUUCAGCUACCACCGAAUAUGAAGAUUUUGGAAAGAAGAGGGACUUAGAGAACAUUAUGGUGUCCAAAGCUCCAUCUGAUUUGGAAGUAGUGUUGGGCCUUAUCAAGAGCAACUCCAGGGGCCUGUUAGAUGCUGAAGGUGUAUCGGCAGCCAGAAAGCAGCUGCAGCUUCUUGAGGGUAUGCGAAAGGAGUAUGCGCAAGCAAGAAUCCUGGCAACAGCUCAAGCGCAUGUUUUACGUGCUCAUGAUGAGAUUAUGAUGGCAACUUCUCGACUACGCUUAAAAGAAGAUGAGAAUGACAAAUCUAUUGAUGCCUUGGAUCUGGGGGAAUUAGAUGCAGCCAGUGCUGAAUGGUCUAGCGAAAAGUUUUUCUUUUUAUCUUCUUUAUCAAGAAUAAAGGGGCAGCUUCGCUACUUGAAGGGUUUGGUACAAUCCAAACAAAUUAACCAUCUUGCAAGUAGUGAAAAUUCGACUAUAGCUGAAGCCAAAAUUGUCUCAGCGGCUCAUGCAGAAGAAGAAAAAGAAUACCAAGCUACUAUUGAGGAAGAUACAUGCCCUGUUUGUCAAGAGAAGCUCAAUAAUCAACAGAUGGUGUUCCAAUGUGGGCAUGUCAUCUGUUGUAAAUGUUUGUUUGCAAUGACUGAAAAGAGAUUAGCCCUUCAAGGGAAGCCUCACGUUAACUGGUUAAUGUGCCCAACUUGUAGACAGCAUACUGACUGCAGAAAUAUUGCUUAUGCUGUUGACCGACAGAAUAAGUCAUAUCCAUCUUCUUCUAUAGUCUCUGAGAAUUCUGAAGCUUCUACAAAUGUCCAAGGUUCAUAUAGUACAAAGAUUGAAGCUGUUACCAGGAGAAUUUUAUGGAUCACUUCCACAGAUCCAGAAGCUAAGGUUCUUGUCUUUAGCAGUUGGAAUGAUGUGCUUGAUGUAUUAGAGCAUGCGUUUGCAGCUAACAACAUAACUUUUGUGCGGAUGAAAGGAGGAAGGAAAUCACACGUUGCCAUUAGCCAAUUCAGAGGCCACGGCAGCAAUGUCAAAGAAACUGGCAAGAGACAUGUGGGCCAACCAGAAACUAGAUCCAUUCAAGUGUUGUUGCUCCUGAUCCAGCAUGGAGCCAAUGGUCUCAAUCUUCUGGAAGCCCAGCAUGUUAUACUUGUUGAACCGCUGCUGAAUCCUGCAGCAGAGGCACAAGCCAUUGGCAGAGUGCAUCGAAUUGGGCAAGCACAUAAGACUCUUGUUCACCGUUUUAUAGUGAAAGACACAGUUGAGGAGAGCAUAUAUAAGCUGAACAAGAGCAGGAAUACUGGUUCAUUUGUUAGUGGCAACCGAAAGAAUCAAGAUCAGCCCGUUUUGACGCUAAGAGAUGUUGAAUGCUUAUUCAGGGUGGCACCUUCCACUGAUGAAAAGGCAACUGGGAGCUUGACGCAUUUUCCACCUUCUGUUGCUGCUGCUAUAGCUGCUGAGAGGAGGCUUAGGGAACAAUCAUCUUGUCAAGAGCCACCGGAAAACUGUUGAAUAAACAAUUUUUUGCUGUUGAAGGAACAACUAGGAUCUCAUUCCCAUGGCAUGAUCCUAUUUCAUUCUUUUUUUAUUUCACCUUUAUUUCAUGCAGAGGACCUGAAUGAAGGAUUCGUCGAUUUAUCAUGCUAUCCGCAGAAGCAGUGGAAUGUCCAUGAGAGAGGAGAUUGUUGCUGCGAGCAAAUUUCCAGUAGCAGCUCGCUUUAUUCAUAGUUAUCUUGUCAGGGUGCAUGCAGCCUUUUGUCGUGGGUUCAUCUGAAUCUAGUAUUUUCGACGUGGAGCAUAGAUAUAUGUGAAAAUUCCCUAAAAUUUCAACAAAUGCUAUAACCUGAAUCCAUAAGUUCAAAAGUACAAUGAGUUUAGUUUUAAAAUUUAAAGGUCGAACUCAUCAAGUUUAUAUUGGACCCGCCUCUGUAUGUUGUAUAUAACAGUUGCUGUGAUUCUUUUGUACAUUGGUGUAGAAACAAGGUAUAAAGGUUGUUAGAUUUGUUGUA